AUGUGUGCACAAUGCACACUAGCCCUGUGUUGCCACAACAAGCCCAACCCUGCCACAGCCUGUCUCACUCCACCAGUAUGUCCAUUCUGUCGAAGCACCAUAACAAGACUCGUGGUCGUGAAAACAGAAUACCAUGAUGAAACUGAUCUAGACAAUGUCGACACAAACUGUUCCAAGAUGAGCAAGACAUCAAAGAAAUUCAGAAACGUGAAUGACAGUGGUAGCAGCAGCUUCAAGGGGUUAUCCGGUGUAAGUUCAUUCGGGAAGUUGGGUAGCCGCAGCUCUGGAAGGAUCGCUGCCGAGUGGGUCGAUAAACAGUGA